AUGGUUAUUGAAACCCGACAGAGUCGUACACAUCUUCAUUAUGAAUAUCAUCAGCAUAAUCGUAAUCGUCGCCGUCACCAUACAUUAGACAAUGCGACUUUGGAUAAAUUCAAUUUUAUUUGUGUGCAAUUACACCCUGACGAGUCACGUAUUGAUUCGUCAUUAUCCCAUACAAAUUUAACUAUGACACAACCAAAACAGUUUUCAAUUUCAACAACUUCUAUGUGGAUACCACCUCCAACAAUAUCAACAGUAACAACGGCAGCACGUCGUGUUCGUUUUAAAUUUGAUGAAGAUGAUAAAAAUCAAAAUAACCUUGAUUUAAAUGAUAAUCGACAUACACGUUCAUCUGAUGAUGUUAGAUUAUCUGGAAAAAAUUCUAUUCAUCGUGUUGAAUUUGAAAUUCCUAUUCAUAAAGAUAUAAAUCCAUGGUUAAAUGUUGAUUGUUCAACACAAUCAUCUUUACCAGCUAAAACACGUUCGUUAACAACAAAAAAAAUUGAUAUGAAACAUAUUAAUAAUAAUUCAAUGCGUGUACAAAGUAUAGCACCAUUGAUUGAAGCUGAAGUCAAUUCUCAAGUGCCAACACUUAAUGAUUCUGAUAAGACUCAAUCACAAUGGUAUAGACAAAUGUAUGGUCAUCUACAUAAACCAUUGGAAAUGAAACAAGACUAUCAACAAAAUCCUUAUACACCAACAUAUACAUUUCCUGAUGAGUUUAACGGUGAUAUUGAUCUCAUGGAAGAUUAUAUAAGAAGAAAAGCAUCACAAACACUUGAUAGAAAUGACGAAAAAAGUUCCUCGACAAUUGUACGUACAUCAAAUUCAAAUCAAAAUGAUCAACGACCUACAUUAAAACGAACUACUAAUGGGCAUAUUGAAAAAGUUAUACGUUUUGAAGAUUGUUAUUCAUCACCUGUUGUUUCAUCUUCAUCAAAACAAUUUGAAUUAAAUUUCUAUUAUAAAUUAAAAAUAUUAGAUAUAUUUAAUACAAAUGAAAGCUCUUAUCAUCAAACUAAUAAACUUCAAAAAUUAUUUGCACUUGACGUACGUGAUAAGGGGAUAUUUGAAUUAUAA